GGUACAUCACCGAGUCAAAGCCAUGGAGGGCCCUUCGAGCACCAACAAUCCUCCGCCACCCAAAUUCACUUCACCGUCCAACAUGUUUCACAAGCUCAAGACCAACUUGGCCAUCCACUCGAAAUGGGGUGAAAUCAAUGGAGCCAUGGGCGAUUUGGGCACGUACAUCCCCAUAGUCCUGGCCUUGACGCUGGCCAAGGACCUCAACCUUGGCACGACGCUGAUAUUCACUGGUGUCUACAACAUGGUCACUGGUGCCAUAUACGGUGUUCCGAUGCCGGUCCAACCCAUGAAGUCAAUUGCGGCGGUUGCGAUUUCGAGUGCCGAUUUCGGCAUCCCGGAGGCCAUGGCGGCCGGGAUUUGCACCGGUGCGAUUUUGGUCUUCCUGGGUGUCACCGGAUUGAUGCAGCUCGCUUUUAGGCUGAUCCCUCUGUCUGUUGUUAGGGGGAUUCAGCUCUCGCAAGGGCUGUCUUUUGCAAUGACUGCUGUGAGGUACGUCAGGAACGUUCAGAACUUUUCAAAGUCGAAAUCGGCUGGGAGUAGGCCCUGGUUCGGGUUGGAUGGCUUGGUGUUGGCCAUUGUUUGUGCUUGUUUCAUUGUGGUCAUCAAUGGUGCUGGUGAAGAGAAUGAAGAGAGGGAAAGCAACCGAGAAUUGGGUGAUGACAUGGAGGAUCAAAGCACGAGAAGGAAGAGAAAAUGGAAGAGAAUCAUGACUGCUCUUCCAUCAGCUUUCAUUAUCUUCCUGCUAGGUGUUGUCCUGGCCUUCAUUAGAGAGCCUAAAUUGAUCAAGCACUUUAAAUUUGGUCCAUCCUCUUUUGAAGUUGUGAAGAUUUCAAGGCAUGCUUGGAAAGAGGGAUUCAUUAAAGGCACAAUUCCCCAACUCCCAUUAUCGAUAUUGAAUUCGGUUAUUGCGGUGUGCAAGCUGUCCUACGAUCUCUUCCCCGAGAAGGACUUCUCCGCCACGUCGGUGGCGGUCACAGUGGGGCUAAUGAAUCUGGUCGGGUGCUGGUUUGGGGCCAUGCCGUGCUGCCAUGGUGCCGGAGGCCUGGCGGGGCAGUACAAGUUUGGUGGCAGGAGCGGGGGCUGCGUGGUGAUCCUGGGCAUCGCUAAAUUGAUUCUCGGUUUGGUCCUUGGGAGUUCUAUAGUGAAGGUGUUGGACCAGUUCCCAGUUGGUGUGCUUGGUGUGCUGCUUUUGUUCGCGGGAGUUGAGCUGGCCAUGGCUGCCAGGGACAUGAAUUCAAAGGAGGAGGCUUUUGUGAUGCUGAUCUGUGCGGCGGUUUCUCUUGUUGGAUCGAGUGCGGCGCUCGGGUUUCUUUGUGGUAUUGUGGUUCAUGUGCUACUUAGGUUGAGGAAUUUGAGUAGCUUUCCUUCCUGCUCGACGAUCUGGAUGCAAGGAACGCCUUGAGUUCAUCCGUGCUAAAACAUAUGGAUGCAUUAAACACUUAGCUGUGUCUGAUGCGCUGCAAUUUGCAAAUGAAGUACUCAAGUAUUAAUCUUUCAAGUGCUCGAUUUGAGUGUGUUUCAUCAACUUGUACUUGAUUUUUCACCAUCGUUUCAUUUGCUUGUUUUUUCUUUGAUUUUCUUUUUCCAGUUUGUAUUGUAUUAUUCGUAGUUGUCGCUUUCAUCAUAUGCAGCCCCAAUGCGUGAUAGAUCAAUGCUUCUCAAUUAGCAUA